AACCAUGGGCAGUUUCCUGUCGAAUGCAAAAACAGAAGAAAAACUGCUUGCUAUCUCUCUAUCAUAUACUCUCUCUCUCUCCUUCUGUAACUCUCAUUCUAAUGGCGCCACUUCCUAUACCAUUGCCUACCCAUUGUAUUUCUCUCUCUUCUUGCCCUUUUUGUAUCUUUCUUCAGUAAUCUCUUAUUAGCUACUCGAAACUUUUUCUGGGUUUUCAUGUAGUUGCCUUUUAUGACCUUGUUGAUGGUACGUUUCGAGGUCAAUCUUUCAGUUCUUGGUGCUUUGAGCAAUCAUCUUCUCUGGGUUUUCUUCUAUAUUUCAGCUCAUUUACUGGGUGAAUAAAAAGGCUUUUGGGUUGAUGGAACCCAAUGGUUUACCUGGUGGGAUGUUUUCAGACAUGGGAUCAGGAAUGUUAGGACUAGAAAUGUCACUACAACAACAGAACACUCAAAACCCACAAAAUUCACCCAACUUGCAUCACCCACAAAUGGUAGCUUAUGCUCACCGUGAGUCUGAUCAUCACCCACAACAAACUAUGAAACAUGCCUACCCAUAUGCCUCCUCAACUACAAGACAAAAGCCACAAUCAACAGCUAGUGACGAAGAUGAGCCUGGUUUCACUGGAGAUGACAGCACCGCUGAUGGAAAAAAAAAGGUAUCUCCAUGGCAAAGAAUGAAGUGGACUGAUAGUAUGGUUAGGCUUCUUAUCAUGGCAGUCUUCUACAUUGGUGAUGAAGCUGGAUCUGAAGGAAAUGAUCCCACAGGCAAGAAAAAGGCAGGUGGGUUGUCGCAGAAGAAAGGGAAAUGGAAGUCCGUUUCAAGGGCCAUGAUGGAGAAAGGAUUUUACGUAUCUCCACAGCAGUGUGAGGAUAAAUUUAAUGACUUGAACAAGAGGUAUAAGAGGGUUAAUGAUAUACUUGGCAAAGGAACUGCUUGCAAGGUUGUGGAGAAUCAAAGCUUGCUUGAGACAAUGGAUUUGUCAACAAAAAUGAAGGAAGAAGUUAAAAAAUUGCUGAAUUCUAAGCACUUGUUUUUUAGAGAAAUGUGUGCUUAUCAUAACAGUUGUGGUCAUGGCUCAAGUGGGGUUGCUUCUGGUAAUAUUCACUCACCAGAAGUAGGUACAGAUCAAUCUCAUGCUCAGCAUCCACAAUCAUCUCAUGCUCAGCAACAAAGGUGUUCUCAUUCAACUGAAAAUGCUCAAUUUGUGACCAAUUCAAGGACUGAAACAGAAGGGUCAAAAUUGGCAAAAAGGGUAAGUAAUGAAGAAGAUGAUGAAGAGGACGAUGAUGAUGAUGAUGAGAGCGAGGAGGAUGAGGAUGAUUAUGAUGAGGAGGUGGAUGAGGCAAUAGAAGGCAAUUCAAGGGGUCAAAAUAGUCAUCAUGGACAUGAUGAUGAAGAUGAGCAUGAGGAGAAAGGUUCAAGGAAAAGAAGAAGAACAGAAGUGUUCUCUUUAUCAUCAUCUUUGAUGCAGCAACUGAAUAGUGAAUUAGCGAGUGUUAUCCAAGAUGGAUCAAAGAGUACAUGGGAAAAGAAGCAUUGGAUGAAGCUGAGAUUGAUGCAAUUAGAAGAGCAGCGAGUGAGUUACCAAUGCCAAGCAUUGGAACUUGAAAAGCAAAGGUUGAAGUGGGUGAAAUUUAGCAGCAAGAAAGAGAGGGAAAUGGAGAGAGCAAAACUUGAGAAUGAAAGGAGAAGACUUGAAAGUGAAAGAAUGGUACUUCUGAUACGCCAGAAAGAGCUUGAAUUUCUUGAUCUUCAUCAACAGCAACAACAACUUUCUUCAAACAAGAGGAGUGAGCCAUCUUCCACAACCGGAUGAAUUCAUGAAUUGUCAUGUAAUUAGGUUAAAUUAGAUGGGUUCGUAGAUGAAAAUGGUUUUUGUGGCUUUUGGUUUGUAGUUCAUUAGAUGCAAAUACUUGUAUUGUUUUUCUUCUCUUA